AACUGGGGGCCGAGCGAGGGCGAGCGAGGGAGAGGGAGAGGGAGAGGGAGGUCGUAGAGAGAGGGCUCGAAGGGAAUCGGUCUCACGAGAGGAACGUGGCUGGGGUCCAUGCGCGCAAUAGUGCCAGGGCUGUACACCUGGUGCUCGAAGAUUGAGGGACGAAGGCCUUCGCGCAAAGCAAUCCCUCAUCUCUGCCCUCCCCUCCGCUCAGUUCUCUGCCCUGCCCUGCCCUGCACCGCCCUCCCCCCUCCCCCUCCCUCUCCCUCCAUCCCCCCUUCCUCUCGCCUUGCUUUCCCUUGGCUCUUCCGCACCGAGUUCUCUUUCUCGCACAAUCUUCUUCUCCUAUGGCCCGGAGGCAAAUUUGAGGGGCGUCAGGUCCAAGUCACCGGAGCGGACGAACGGUCGCCGUUGAAAAGUCAGGCAUCGAAAGAGAGACAGAAAGAGAGAGAGAGGGAGGGAGAGGGAGAGAGAGAGGAAGAAGCAGCAGCAGUGGCAGGAGGUGGCAGGAGCAACAGCCCUAGGGUGGAGGAGUUUGUGGUAGAAGGUGAAGCAAGCAAGCCAGCAAGCCGAGGACUGUGAGGCCUGAUCCAUCGAACAGCUUAGGGAGAGAGUCGAAGCCCUUCCGCCUGUGGAUCGCGAAGGAGGACUCGAGGCCGGGGCUGUUUCCAAUCAGGCGGCGAUGGACGGUCGAGCCCGAUAUCCAAGCUGUUAGGAGGAUCGUGUUUCGCGUUGUCGCUCACGAAGGGGUUGUAGAGGUGGUUACACGAUUUCGCGCAAAUUACCUGGGAAUCGGGUAACCAUGGGGAGGUCCGUGUCUAUCAGAGAUGUGAUCUUAGCUGCCGUCGUGAUUUUCCACACUUUGGCCGGCCAGACGUGGGCUCGAUUUGUAGUCGAAAAGAAUAGCAUCAAGGUGACAUCACCCGAUUCGUUGAAGGGUAAUUAUGACAGCGCCAUUGGAAAUUUUGGUAUUCCUCAGUAUGGAGGAACUAUGGUCGGCACCGUCGUGUACCCGAAGGAAGGCUCGAAUGCGUGUGUGCCGUUCGGUACCUCUUUCAAAUCAGGUCCCUCAGGUGGGCUUCCCAUCGUCGUCCUGGUGGACCGAGGUGACUGCUUUUUCGCCCUGAAAGUGUACAACGCGCAGCUAGCCGGAGCUGCUGCGGUGCUCGUCGCAGAUGACAGGUUGGAGCCCUUGAUCACCAUGGACUCACCGGAGGAGGAUGCAGCAGUUUUGGAUUACGUCGACAACAUCACAAUCCCGUCCGCCCUCAUCGACAAGGCCUUCAGUGAUGACUUGAAGAAGUCAUUGAGUGGCGGUGAAAUGGUGAACAUCAAUCUGGACUGGAGGGAGUCUUUGCCUCAUCCCGACGAUCGUGUUGAAUUUGAAUUCUGGACCAAUAGCAACGACGAGUGCGGUCCCAAGUGCGAUGCACAGGUGGAUUUUGUAAAAAAUUUUAAAGGCGCUGCCCAGAUUUUUGAGCAGGGAGGGUAUACUCUGUUCACUCCUCACUACAUCACUUGGUAUUGUCCUCAGCCAUUCAUUUUCAGCAAGCAGUGCCAGGCUCAAUGCAUCAACCACGGCAGGUACUGUGCACCAGAUCCGGAACAAGACUUUGGCCGCGGGUACGAUGGUAAGGACGUGGUGAUAGAGAAUUUGCGGCAGCUGUGUGUUUACAAGGUCUCCAAGGACAGCAAAAGGCCGUGGACUUGGUGGGACUACGUUACAGACUUUCAAAUUCGAUGCCCAAUGAAGGAGAAGAAGUACAACGGAGAGUGUGCAGAAGAAGUUAUAAAAUCUCUGCAAUUACCUGUUGACCAGAUCAAAAAGUGCAUGGGCAACCCUGAUGCAGAUGAGGACAACGCUGUUCUAAAAGCCGAGCAAGAUGCGCAGGUUGGACAAGGCAGCCGAGGAGACGUAACAAUUUUGCCAACUCUUAUCAUCAACAACAGACAGUAUCGUGGAAAGCUGGAUAAAGGAGCGGUGCUCAAGGCCAUCUGUGCAGGUUUUGAAGAAACAACAGAUCCUCCCCCUUGCCUGAGUGAAGAAGUGGAAACAAAUGAAUGUCUCACCAACAACGGAGGUUGCUGGCAAAACCCUAAGGCGAAUGUCACGGCUUGCAUGGACACCUUCAGGGGCCGUGUCUGCCAGUGCCCCAUUGUGCAGGGUGUCCAAUUCCAGGGUGAUGGAUACAACAAGUGUGAGCCAACGGGUCCAGGACGAUGCAAGAUAGACAACGGAGGCUGUUGGCAAAGUGACCAAAGUGACCAGAACGGUAACGGUGUGAAGUUCUCGGCAUGUUUGGAUACUGAGCUGACGGGCUGCAAGUGUCCUCCAGGAUUCAGAGGAAACGGCGUUGACCACUGCGAUGACAUCAAUGAAUGCAAGGAGAAACUUGCCUGUCAAUGCCCGGAGUGCACCUGUAAAGACCUUUACGGAGGAUAUGAUUGCCAGUGUGAAGGAGAUCUUCUUUACAUCAAGGAGCAUGAUACCUGCAUCAGCAAGAAGAACGCAACAGGCAAAGUGGGAUGGCUAGUGAUAGUUGUUGUACUGUCUGGUUUAUCAGUGAUCGGAGUUGGUUGUUACAUGGUCUACAAGUAUAGGCUCAGGUCAUACAUGGACUCGGAAAUCCGUGCCAUUAUGGCUCAGUACAUGCCUUUGGACAGUCAGACCGAGAUUCAACACCAUGACAGAUCGGAAAUCUGAUAAACUGAUUGUGCAAUUGAUUGAUUUUCGAGGUGGCCUUUCCACCGGCAUCCUCUCGUUCGAACUUGAGUAUCUGCAGAGAUGCCUCCACUUUCAAUUGAUGACCUCUUUUGAUCGCGCGAAAGUCGUAGUUUCCAGCUCUCAACCAUAUGUGACAUGUACUUUGUCCAUGAAAUGAAAAAAUCUGAAAAAAUGAAAACCUACAGCGAUACCUGCUAGAAAUGUGUCCAGGCCAUUCUUCUCUUUGUCUGUUCAGUGGCUUCCAGGAUUGCUGGUGGUUAACGAAUCUUAGUCGUGAGCUUGGUGGUCUGUCAAUGACUUUCGCCACACGCGAGACCCACGGUUGAAAGAAUGAUUAUGAACAGUACAACCGCUGUAUCUUAGUGGGUAGCAUCUUAGCGUUUCUGUACAUAGCAGUGCAAGUGUAGAUGUUAAUAUAGGUGGGGUACAAUGAUCCAAAUGGCUGAAGAGGAUCUUUCCUGAUGUAAUUCUGGGUUGUUGCCCUCCGCGGAUGCAUUUGUGACUAGCUCUCCCUUGAGACUUCCACUGUGCCCGUAUCGUUACGUUGUGGCUUCCUGCUUUUUUUUCGAGGCAAAUGUCUGUAAUGCUGUUUCACGU